GAGGAGCCUGACACAGUGAGUUCAGGUCAGGACAGACUGAAGGACAAACAAGCAGGAAGAAGAAGGGAAUUAAAUGAGCAAGAGGUUCGCCAGAAAUAUAAGAGAGUAACAAUCAAGUAUUUUGAAGAGUGUCUGCCUGAAGAACAAUGUCUCUGUCUUCAGCUGCCUUGGCCGCUCGUCGAGUGUUUGCUGCUGCGUCACAUUCAAGCCAUGAGGGAGGAGCGAGGACCUGGAAGAUCCUGACCAUUGUGUUGGCUUUUCCUGGUGUUACUGUCUGCAUGGCAAACGCCUACAUAAAGAUGCAGGCGCACAACCACGAGCAGCCAGAAUUUGUGCCAUAUUCUCACCUGCGUAUCCGCACCAAGAAAUUUCCCUGGGGCGACGGAAACCACACUCUGUUCCACAACCCUCAUACGAAUGCUCUACCCGAUGGCUUUGAGAGCUCCCAUCACUGAGAGGAUCACUCUCAUUCCUCAGCUGUGCUUGCAGUCAGCAGUGUACUUGGCUUAAUUACACUGACCGAGGGGCCAAGCCAGGCUGCCAUCAAGCGGUGCGCCCAGACAGGAAUAAAACCACUUUGUGCUGUA